GCCCGGUGGUGGCUCGCCGCCAAGGAUGGCGCGGGCGGAGAAGAUACGCUCCGGUAGCACGGCGUUGGCGACGGCUUCGACGGAGACGCCAGGCAGGUCGACGGACCACCGGAGGGCGCUCUACUUCGCCGCCUUCCUGGUGCUGGCCGACGCCGCGCUCGUCGCCCUCAUCGUCGCCUUCGUCCCGUAUACCAAGAUCGACUGGGACGCCUACAUGUCCCAGGUGGACGCUUUUCUGGAGGGGGAGAGGGACUACACCAAGAUCGAGGGAGACACAGGGCCAUUGGUCUACCCGGCCGGAUUCCUCUACGUCUACUCCGCCGUUAAGUUCCUUACGGGAGGCCGCGUCUUCCCUGCUCAGAUUUUGUUUGGCGUCUUGUACAUUGUCAACUUGAGCCUCACUCUUCUGCUUUACGUCAAGACUGAAGUGCUUCCAUGGUGGGCUUUAGGUUUGCUUUGUUUGUCCAAGAGGGUUCACUCCAUCUUUGUUCUCCGUCUUUUCAAUGACUGCUUCGCCAUGACAUUGCUCCACGCUGCUAUGGUUUUGAUCAUUUAUCGCAAGUGGUACCUUGGUCUAGUAGUUUUCAGUGGAGCUGUCUCAAUUAAGAUGAAUGUCCUUCUUUUUGCUCCUUCUUUGCUUCUACUUAUGGUCAAGGCCAUGAGCAUCAAAGGAGUCUUCUUUGCCUUAUUGGGAGCUGCUGUCGUACAGGUUUUGUUGGGUAUGCCAUUCUUGCUGUCACAUCCAGUUGAGUACAUCUCAAGAGCAUUCAAUCUCGGUCGCGUGUUUAUCCAUUUCUGGUCUGUGAACUUUAAAUUCGUCCCAGAGAAGGUGUUUGUAUCGAAAGAGCUUGCCAUUGCAUUGUUGAUUCUUCACCUCACCACACUUAUGAUAUUUGCUCACUACAAGUGGUUAAAGCAUGAAGGAGGCCUAUUCGGUUUCCUGCAUUCCAGAUUUAAAAAUGCUAAAUCAAUCAAGCAGCUUGUUUCCAGCCAGCCCAGACCAUCCAGUCUCAGCGCAGAACAUAUUGUAACUGUUAUGUUUGUUGGCAACUUCAUUGGCGUUGUGUGUGCCCGAUCAUUGCACUACCAAUUCUAUUCCUGGUACUUCUAUUCCUUGCCUUUUCUAUUGUGGAAAACACGUUACCAGACACCUUUGAGGAUUAUUCUAUUUCUCGUUGUGGAGUGCUGCUGGAAUGUUUACCCUUCCACUGCCUAUUCAUCACUCCUUUUGCUAUUUGUGCACUUGUGCAUUUUGUUUGGUAUAUGGUUUUCACCUGCUGAAUACCCCUAUAUCAUCAGUAAAGGGACAAAACGGACAUACCAAGAAGUUGCAAAGCUAGACUUCCCUGCAAAAUAGUGUAAUCUUUGAAGGUAGCAGUGAGGAUACAAGUGUCAAAGGCUUCUGGAAAUUGUGAGGUACUUUGGUAUGCCAAUACUCUUGGGACUAGUUGGCCCAAAUUUCUCGAGUAGCAUCUAGACAUAUACCAAAUAUGUAUGUCCAUGUGUAACUUCUUAACAUAGAUGAUAGCGACUCUAACUAUAAGAGUAACUAUGGCUGCGGACUUCCCCAGGAUCUUGUUUUAUCAUCCUUUAGACAUGUCUCAGCAGUCAGCAGCCAAAAGAGAUCCAUGCCUCACCUUAUAAGGCCUUGUUUG